GCUGAGGCAAGGGCGGCUGCUGAGGCUGAUGCUCAAGCGAAGCGCAGGCAAAACUUGGCUUUUGAAGUUGAACGGCUUUUGAAGCUGAAAGCCCGCGGCCACAGCCAGAAUUGGCAGUUGGUGCUGCGAUUGCAGCCCGGAUUCCGUUCCGCGGAGCUUGAUGCUAAGAAGCGCUUCCUUUUGCUGACGCUGCACCCCGACAAGACAGGGCCAAUCGCAGAAGCUGCCGGUGGCGAGCAACGCUGUGCAGAGGCUUACAGGAUUGCUUUUGCAGCUUACAAGGAAGCGAAGGCCUCCCUGCAGCCCUUCCUGAACCCACCCCAGGCCCCGGUGCCUCCGCCUCCAAAUCCAACGUACCAUCGAGCUCGACUUGGAGUGGGUCUGGGCUGUGCACACCUGGGCUGCGCAUACAGGGUCACCAAGGUGGAAUUCGGAGGAUUCUGCUGCAAAAAGUGCCAUGCAGCCUUCGUGCAGGGAAAGCCAAGUGAGCAUGGCAGCCGCUGCAACCAUAACCUCGCGUACAACGUGAGGAGAGCUCAGCCAGUUCCUCCCGAGAGGCCCCUGAUAGGUGGAGAGGCUGCCGAAGAGCCCAGGGAGGCUUCGCCAGAGGCGCCGGUGGCAACCCCGGACAGCCCAGUUCAGGGUACAGAUGGCGCAGGAACGCCAGAAGCAGCCGAGCCUAGGCUUGCAAUUCAGACGAAGGAGCCGGCCCAGAAUGAGCUCCCUGCAGAACCUGACGUCCCGUUCGCAACGUUUGCGUCCACUGGCUUGGAGGCGAACUUCGAGGCCAUAGCACGGCUGCACAUGGCUGCACUGAGUGCAAACGAAGCAGAUGUGGACUUCCCGCAGCUUCGGGCAGCUGUGGACCAGCUUGUGCCUGGAACCUGGAUGUCGUAUAGGCUCAUUGGGAGAGGAGUUGCUCAGGGCUUGCCUUCUUGGUUGCUGGGAACAGCUGAGGCCCUUGCCACUCAUUCCGAAGGAGCCGCCCAUCCCGCCUCCAUCGUUUGCACAGGCACCACUGCUGUCAGCAUUACAAAGCACAAUCGCUGCUACAGUGCUGCAGCAGCCGCCAUUGGCCAUGAAGCUUCCGCAGAAAUCGGACAGCUCUGCGUGCUGGUAACAGCUGGUACUUCUGACUAUUGUUCUUGUCAACAGUUCUCACUGUUCUCACGGCUACCUGACCGCCAGCUCAUUCUGCAGCAUCUCCGUCUCUUGCCCAGGUGGUGGAGAAGCCGCAUUUACGCAUACCUCGAGCUGUCGUGGAGCGCUUCUCAUUGA